AUGAGUGGAAAGAUCGAUAGUCCAUGGUACAUUCCAAUAUCAGAUGCAUUAGUUAUGCGUCAUGCAGCAGAAACAAAAGCGGAUAUCGAAGUUUUUGAUAAUUAUUUGUUGCUUAGAAUGAAACAAGAUCCAGAAGAGAUGAUAGAACUUACAAGAUUUCUAGGAAUCUUUCGAAGUCAAAGGGCAAAACUCCAAUUGAUACUUUCCAAAUGGAAAGGAGAGAAUGUAUAUUAUAAUUAUCAGUUCUAUGUUUUUUCUCGUAUGUUUGAAAGUCUCACAAAGACUCCACAACAUUAUUAUAAUGAUCUAGACAAAUUACAUCGUCAUUAUUUGAUUGAUUUGUCAUUGUUUUGGCAGUAUUCCAAUAACAAAAUAUUAUCUGUUGUAUAUGGAUUUAAAGCAGCAUUAGCGUAUGUUGAACUUGUUGAUUUAGUCAAAUACUUAGCGUAUAUGUAUGAAAAUGAUUCAUCAAUAUUGAUGUCAUAUGCUGAAAUUUGUUUGAUUGCGUUAGGAGAUCCAAAAGCAUCUGUUAAAUAUAGAAGAAUAAGUUCAAUGAUAAAAGAUAGUCCUACUGCAUGCGAAGAUCCGAUAUUUAGACAUGUUUCAAGGUUCUAUCCUUUAUCUGUUAAUAAUUAUCAAUCAGAAAAUUAUUAUUCAACAUCAGAUUCGAACUCGAAUUCUUCAUCAACAGAAAGCUUUUCUAAAUUAAGAUUCCAUAUAAAUGAAAAUGUCAUCUUUAGAGAUGAAAAAAGUGAUAAUAGCUCUGUUGCAAUGUUUGUUAGAAAAUGUACUGAUUUAAGGACAUUUGGAAUUAUUUUAAGUUGUAUUUUUAUCUUUGUUAUGUCAAUGCUUUAUCUUAAGAAAUUGAGAGGUUUGACAAACGAAAAAUUUGAAAAUUUGGAAGGAUUGAAACUAAUGAUAAGUCAAACAAUAGAAGUUGCUUAUAGACUAACAUCAGGUGUUUUGUUAUAUGACCAAUUAGAACAAAACAAAAAUUUAGAUUGCAAAGAAUUUAUCAAAAAAGUUUAUAAUCAUUUGAAAAAUUAUCCGAUUUCUUACAAAGAUGAUUAUUUCUUUUUAGCGAAAGUAUGGGGAACAACAUCACAAAUACUAUCAGAUCAAAUGAUUAAUAACUGUAAUUUGUUUGAUAAUCAUUCAACAAUAAUUUUCCAACAAUUACAUCAAAUUUUGAUUAAUUACAAUUUCUUCCAAGGAAAUUUGUCAAAUAUUUUACAUUCUACAAGUUUAUCUUGUAUGUACAAAAAGGCAAUGAUUAUUACUUUCUUAAUGUCUUUUGUUUGUGUUAUUAUUUCUAUUGGUUUUGUUUAUUUCGGCACGAGAUUAUUAUUAACAAGAUUUCCAAAAGAAGCAAAAGAAUUUUUGGGAAGUAGAGAAAGAUUGAGUUUAUUAUUACUUAAAAAAUCAUUGGAAAGCUGGGAUUUGUUUAAACUAAACUUCAAAUCAAUGAAAGAAGAAGUUAAACAAACACCACAAAUUGAGAAAUCACCAAGAAGAAUCAAAGUUGGACAUAAGUUUUCAUCAGAAACGAAUUUGAAUUUGAAUUGUGAACAAAAAUCAAGACACGUUGAUUUGAAAGAUGGAAAGAUUUCUAUUUCUUUUAUAGGUGCUGACCAACUCUUAAAGCCAUCACAGUUUGCAUUAAUGAGUCCUUUUGUUUUCUCUCCAACACCGAAGGCUUCAGAUUCAAGUGAUGUUGAAGAAGAUGAAAAAUUAAUUCCAUCAGAAAAACUUGAAAAUUUGAAUUUGAUUUCGAAAACGAUAGAAAAAACAAAGGAUACUUACAAAUACAGAUAUUUAUAUAUUGUAAUUAUGUUCUUCCUUCCAUGGGCUAUUACUUUAAUAUUGAUGUUCUUUGGAAGAAUUGUUAUUUUCUUUGAAAAUGAUGUGACAAAAAUUUAUUUGACAAGAAUCGACCAAAAUGCAACUGAAUUAAGUAAACUUCCUUACGCCAUCUAUUACAAUUUCAAGAACAAAAGUAUCCAACAAAUAAACUUUAACCAAAAUUUGUCAUGGUACAGAAGAAACUUAAUGCAAAUUAUUGAAGAUGCAGAUCAAAUUCAUAAAUCAAUCAUCAUAUCAAGACAUUCGUUUUUGAUCGUUGCAUCAUUCUUUUGGAUCUUGGCAAUGUACGGUUGUUUCGUUGUUGAAGAAAGUAUCAAAAGAGGUUAUGAGUCACUUUUCCAUUUCCCUAUCGGUUUGAUGAACGAUAUUAUUUUACAAAACGAUACGAAAAGUGAGAGUUCAAUGACAAAUGAAAUCAUUGAAGUUAGUGUUAACAAAGAGACAAACAAUAUAAUUUGUGUUACAUCUAAUUGUUUGGACGUAAUUGGCGAAGAACCUUUGAAUAUAAUUGGCCACAAAUAUGAUGAAAUUUUUGCCAAAAAUGAUCGUUUAAGGUUAUAUAAUUUAACAUCAAAAAAGGUCAAAAAGUUUGUAGAAUGUUGUUAUGAGAUGGAGAAGAUCAACAAAUACGCUUUGUAUGAUGUUUCCACUUAUUUAACAACAAAAACUGCGAUGAUGAAUUUGAUGCAAAGUAAUAUUCCGAAAAAUUUUGCAGAAGAAUUUUGUGAAAAACAGAAACAAAGUUUUAGAUUUUCAAACUCAUAUACAAUCAUUGUUAAGUUUGAUUCAUCGGAUUAUUCAAUGUCAACAGAUAAUUUCUUCAAAGCUGUUAGCAACAUGCUCCAAUGCUAUAUAACAGUUAAGUUUAUUAAAUACGAAGGUUCUCUUUGUUAUUUCAUUUGUCCAACUUGUGAAAGAGUUAUUCCUUUCUUGUUUGUAAGAGAUUUGAUUGCAAAUUCCCGUCCAUCAUCAAGAAUUAAACUUGUGCAAUCAAAGAGUGCUGUUUUGAGUGCAAUUAUUCUCAGAUCUGAUGUGAAAUACAACUUAGAAUUCGGUGAAGAACCAUAUCUAUCAUCUAAUUUGAAUUUUUCACCUUUCUUCGCAAAGGAUGAAACAAUCGCUGUAUUAGACAAAGAACAGUUUUUGAUCAGAUUAGAUGACCUGGAAAAAUUCAUUUCUGCUGUUUAG